GCACCGAGCGAUACGGACGUGUUCGUCUCCAGUGAGUCAAGAUAAAACCGCACUGAAUAAGACCCAUCGAAGAUCCGUUCGAAUCCAAGAUCACAACGCCAAGAAAGUGAGAUUUGUGCAGUGAACAGUAUUGAGAAAAAUCACAAUCCAAAGACUGUUAAAGCAAAUACGUAAAUCAGAUCCAGUGAGAUUCCAAAAAGUAAAGAUCCAGAAUCAAAAUGAAUCACCUAUCGCCGCCGCCAUCGCCGCACUCCCAGCAGCCGAGUCCCGCGGGAUUGGGCUGCCAUGGAGCAGCUCUGGACAAGCAGUGGAUGCAGCGGGCAUCCGCCUUCAACACUGUGAUAGCCUCCGCCGCAGCACAGAAACUCAAUGGUCGAGAUCUGCCCUUUUUGUACAACCCGCUGCUCUACUCGAGUGCCCUACUGUGGCCCCAAUUUUUGUUGUCCUCGGCCACGGCUCUGGGUACACCACUGACCCCCAUGACCCCCAAAUCGCCCGCCUCUGUGGUUUUGGGUCAGCGGGAUCGUGACUUUGCCUUGACGCCCGAAAAGGAGCAUGAACUCCAAAUGAACAAUAACAAUGAGAACAGCAAGCAGGACUAUCAGGAGCAGGAUGAGGAUAUGCCACUAAAUCUAAGCACCAAGGAGCGCAUCACAUCGGAUGAUUCCAACCGAGAUCAGUAUCACAGCAGCAGCAACAACAGCAGCAGGAGCAGUUCCAGCAGUGAAGUGGAGCAACUGCAUCCGAUGACCUCGCUGAACGUUACCCCGCCUCCCCUGAGCGCUGUGAAUCUAAAGAGUUCGAGUACACCACAGCAACAGCGCCAGAGAUCGCAGGGUAACAUCAUCUGGUCACCGGCCUCGAUGUGCGAGAGAUCGGCGAGAAGGGAGCAGUACGGCCUGAAGAUGGAGGAGCAGGGCGAUGAGGAGGAGCACCAGGUGGAUCCUAUUGUGCGAAAGUUCAAGUAUGAGCGCAGAACUGCAUCCAUAUCCUCGCUGCAAUCGCCGAUCUCCUCGCUGUCCGCUCCCGCCUCGAAUGCCGUCCAGGAUCUGGAGUUCGAGGUGGCCCAACAGCAGUUGUAUGCCCAUCGCAGCGCAUUCAUGGCCGGAUUGACGGGCAACAAUCUGGAGCUGCUCACCCAGCACUUGAAGCUGAAGAGCGAGCAGCCGCAGCAGCAGCAGCAACAGCAUCGCAUCAAGGACGAGCAGCAGCAGGAUAACCGCUCGGCAGCGGCACUCAUGAAUUUGGUGGCAGCCGCCGAAUUCGGCUACAUGCGUAAUCAACACCAACAGCCGCAGCAGCAGCAGCAACAACAGUUGCAUCACCAGCAGCAGCCGCAGCAACAUCAGCAUCAGCAGCAACAUCCUGACUCGACGGCCACAGAUGUUGCGCGUCGUUCGUCCUCCUCGUCAUCUUACCAAGGAGAAAACGAAGAGAAGCGCAGCGGCAGGAAUUUCCAGUGCAAACAGUGUGGCAAGAGCUUCAAGCGUUCGUCCACCCUGUCCACACAUCUGCUCAUCCACAGCGAUACACGGCCAUAUCCCUGCCAAUAUUGUGGCAAGCGGUUCCACCAAAAGUCGGACAUGAAAAAGCACACGUACAUACAUACCGGCGAGAAGCCACACAAGUGCACCGUGUGCCUGAAGGCCUUCAGCCAGAGCUCCAACCUGAUCACGCAUAUGAGGAAGCACACGGGGUAUAAACCCUUCGGUUGCCACCUUUGCGAUCAGUCCUUCCAGCGCAAGGUGGAUCUGCGACGUCAUCGAGAGAGCCGCCAUGAGGAGGCUCCGCCAGUGGAGGACCUGAAGCCCCUGAAGAUGGAGGUGAGCAGCAGCAGCUGCUGACCGAGGCUAGGCGGCAAUCUCUGAUCCAGGAGAUCCCAGUAUUAGCUAAGCAGGACGAGACACACACUCAAAACCAGAUGAUGAUGAUGAUGAUGAUGAUGAUGAAGGUGGAGCAGAUCACAGUUGGCCCUAAGUCUAAGUCGUUGCUAUGAAGCCAAAGUUUGUUUUGUUUAGGCCUUCGCAAAGAUUUACCUAAUCGUAAGAAUUAUUGUUAAAACAUAUUAGCUAAGAUACUGCCUUAAGUCUGUACAUAGUUAUCCCAAACAAGACUCUUUUUUAUAGCCGUUAAACCCUAGCUUAAUGAUUAAUCUAAUUUAUUGCAUAAAGCGUUUUUGAUUUGAUUCAAACUUAACCCAAAAUUGGCAGCUAAACGUACCAAAGAACAACCUCAAACAAAUGAACUACCACUUGGCGACCACUUGUCUAAAUUUAGUUUCCUAAUUUAUUUAAGUUUAUUGAUGGCAUCACCCACAUUUAUUUAUACGAUCUAUGCGAAUUUUUAGUUUAUUCUUAUUUUGUAAUAAGCCCAAUGACUUAUUGUAAUUAUAUUUAUUAGGAGCGUAUAUGAUUUUUGGAAAAUAAAGUUGAAAGCUAAAAGAGAACAAAC